UUUGCAGAAUCAGUGGGUGUAGAGUCUUCAAAAUGUAUCUUUUGACUGUUCUCUUGUUUUCUUCUCUUGUAUUAAACUCAAGUCCUCAAUGCAUUCCCAGUGAGUCUGUUACCACUCCCAGUGGGGACCUGACACUAGGUAGGCUCCUGAAUAUAUCUUCAGAGUGUUCAGGAGGUUAUUGUCCUAAUGGGAUUCUACUACCUUGUACAAGCAACAGUUCUGGCCUCAUUAGUGAUGAUAAUACCGACACCAUGUGGAUAUCUGAGGUCGAUCCAGACCUUCCUGUUACUAUAACACUUGACCUGACUAACCUCAUGAUUCUGCAUGACAUUAACAUCCAGUGGGAGAGCCCUACCCCUAGCAGCAUGAUACUGGAGAGAUCAAGUGAUUAUGGGCUCAACUGGAGUGUCUAUCGCUACUGGUCUACUGAUUGUAGCAGUGAUUUUAACAUGAGUUCAAUAUCAGUGUAUGAUACUGAUAUAAUGAAUACCACUGAUCCAAUAUGCACUGAUACAGAUCUUGCAGAUUAUCCUGGAUCAGAAGUUUCCUUUUCUGUCUAUUCCCAUUGUUUCUCUGAUCCCAGUUACCAAUUAGUCACUAACGUUAGACUAUCAAUUCUUAAUGUCACUGCAGCUACUAAUGCUACUAAUGAUACUGACUGUGGAGCAUUCGUUGCUAUAUCUGAACUGAGUCUCAAUGGAUCUUGUCAUUGCAAUGGACGUGCUGAAAACUGUCAACCAUUAGGAACAGAAACUAAUCAUACCAACAAAGUGUACUCAGGUUGUGAAUGUGCUUCAAGUUAUAAAGGGACUCACUGUCAACAAUGCCAAGAUGAGUAUUAUGACAUUAGUUCUGGAUGCACUAAGAGUUGCUCAUGCAAUGAAAUGGGAUCCACUAAUAAGUCCUGUGACUCUGUUACUGGUCAGUGUUACUGUAAAACUGGAGUUACUGGAGACAAGUGUAAUGAAACUGCAAAUGGCUACUACUUUAGAGCAUUGGAUCACAACAUUGCUGAAGCUGAAUAUGGCCAACUAUCCAUGGGUAUCACUGGUUACUAUCCUAUUGAUACUGCAUUACGGUAUACUGGUAAAGGAUUAGUGAGAAUCCCUGCUACUGGAGGAACAGUAGGUCUUAGUAUGACAGUUGAUAAGACAGGACCUUAUUCAGUGAUACUGAGAUACACUACUACUAUUGAUAUUGAUUCCGUAUUUGUAUCAAUUCAAAGUUCAAGGAAUGUAACACAAUCUCUUGAUUGUGUUAAUCAAUCUCAGCCCAUUCCGACAUCAUAUAACUCAACAAUGCUAACAUUACUCAGUUUACAAGGCUACAAUCCCAACACUCGUGUACACUGCUUUGAGGAAGGAAUAACUUAUAAUAUAACAGUUAAUUAUUAUCCUACUACUGGGCAUGAAUGGAUGCUGGACUCAGUAGUCUUAAGUCCUGAUCAAACUGACUACAUUAAUAGUUUGCCCAUUGUUCAAAUGUUUUCUACUAUAACUUGCUUAACAUUAAUUGCUGAACUUGAAAAUCCUCAAUACUGUCACCCACACGUCUUUAACCUGUCUCUAUUAUUCUAUGGAGAAGUUUACGAGUGUGGAUCACCUAACAGUAUUGGCAUUACUGGUGAUACCUGUGAUCCAUAUGGAGGUAGUUGGGGCUGUUCAUCAAAUUACACUGGUACUUUAUGUACUGAUUGUUCCAAUGGAUACUAUAAUAAUACUAAUGGAAGAUGCAUAGAGUGUCCAUUUCUUUGCAACAGCACUGGAUCCAUUAAUGUUGCAUGUGACACUGAUACUGGAUCAUGUGUUUGUAAAGACAAUGUAAUUGGAGAAGAAUGUGAUUCCUGCCCUUCAUCGAAUCACGUAUUCAGUUCCUCUGGUUGCAUUGAUACUUGUAACUGUACCUAUGGAUCUUGUAAUGUUACUAAUGGAGAUUGUAUUUGUCCUCCUAAUGUUAUGGGGGAUCAGUGUGAAUCUUGUGAUGAUUAUCAUUACAGCAUCAGUGAUGCUGGCUGUAUAGCUUGUGAAUGUAAUCCAAGAGGUAGUCUUUCUCUAUCUUGUGAUAAUGUCACUGGUCAGUGUGAUUGUAAAGAUGCUGCUGUUGGGACACAGUGUAAUGAUUGCCCUACCAAUGGACACUAUAAGACAGUGGGUAGUGACCAGUCUCUCUGUCUGCCUUGCUUCUGCUUCAACCAUUCUCAAACCUGUCAACCAGACAGCAGUAAUUACAUACAGGGAAAUGUACAGUCCAAUUUCACUGAACUUUGCCCAUUAAACAUGGACUGUACUGAUGGAUGGACAUUUAAUGAUGAUAAUAAUACAUUCAAUAAUCCAGAUAGUCUGUCUUAUACCAUAUUUGGUGAUGCUAGUCCAGUGUUCAUAGCUCCUGAUAGAUAUCAUGAUGAUUAUCACUUGUCAUAUGGACUUAAUAUUAUAAUAAAUAUACAACUUACCAGCACUUCUCAAAGAAUUGAUUCUUUUAUUUGGAUCAAUGGGUCUGGCCUGACUAUAGUUCAUAAGAUGAUUGUAGAAGGAAAUCAAAUAACAGUACCAUUGGUAGAGUCUUAUUGGAGAUUAGGAGAAGACUAUGAUAGCAGUAACACAUCAACACCAUACCAGUUCAUAUCAGUGUUGACCAAUAUCACUGAUAUUAGGUUCAGUGCUAAAUUUACUGAUAAUAUGUACAUUGAAAUCAAUUAUUUCCAAGGAUUCAGAAUCCAGACAAUUGAUAGAAGAAAUACUUCAAUAGAUCCAGGAGCAGAUUAUACUGUAGGACAUUGUGAGUGUCCUGCUGGACACACUGGAGUGUUCUGUGAUGAAUGUAUGAAUGGGUACUAUCGUCCAUCAGGAGUGCUGUUGGACUUGUGCAUUCCAUGCAAUUGUAAUGGACAUGCUGACAGUUGUGAUCCAGCAACUGGAGUAUGUAUAAACUGCACUGGUAACACUGAAGGGGACCAAUGCCAGUCCUGUAGUACUGGCUAUUCUGGAACAGACUGCAGUCAGUGUGACAAUGGAUACUAUAAUGAGAGUAAUACAUGCAUAAAGUGUGAUUGCAAUGGUAAUACUGAUCCAUCUUUAUUCCCUUCUUGUAAUGCGUCCACUGGUCAGUGCAUAAACUGUCUCAAUAAUACUACAGGAGAUAAGUGUCAGACAUGUUUACCUGGUUACUAUGGAGAUGUAAUUAACUCAAAACCUUGUGAACCUUGUGAGUGCAAUAUCAAUGGUACUCAAUCAGUUGACAAUCCAUGUAUUCCUGGCAUUCCUUUCGAGACUUGUGUGUGUAAACCAUUUGUUACUGGAGCCCACUGCACUACAUGUAUUGAUGGUUACUAUGGCGACCCGAUAAAUGGUAUAGACUGUCUCCAGUGUCCUUGCCCCACAGAGGAGAACAGUCACAGCAGUUCCUGUCACGAGGGGGCUGGGGGUGUGGUUUGUAAUAAUUGUGAGGAUGGCUACACUGGGGAUAGGUGUGAAAUAUGUGCUGAUGGUCACUAUGGAAACGCUACAAUUGGAUUGUGUAGUAACUGCACCUGUAAUGAUAAUUUUGAUAUAUCCCUUGGAUCAUCAUGUGACAAGACCACUGGUCACUGUUCAGGCUGCACUAACAACACUGAAGGGACCCAGUGUCAGUUCUGUAUCACUGGGUACUAUGGGAACGUUGAAAUGAAAGUACCUUGCAAAAGUUGUUCCUGUAACCUCAAUGCUACUAUCAGUGGGGUCUGUGACAGGAGCACUGGUGUCUGCUGGUGUAAGGAGCAUGUGUCUCCUGAUAGCGGCUGUAACACCUGUAUCCCUGGUUACUAUGGUAACCCCGCUAAUGGAGGGGACUGUUUCCCUUGCUCUUGCAACAAUAGGAGCUCAACUUGUUACCUUGGAAACGAUGGAAGUGGUAUCUGUGACGAUUGUUCUACGGGUUAUGCUGGAGACCAGUGCGAAGAAUGUUCUGAUGGAUACUUUAUGGAGGACAAUGGAACAUGCAGCAGAUGCAACUGUAAUGGUAAUAUUGAUCCAGCGUUACCAGGACUGUCUUGUAACUCUUCAACUGGAGUGUGUCUCCAGUGCCUCUAUAAUACUACCGGAGAACAAUGUGAAGAAUGUUCCAAUGGUUACUAUGGCAACCCGGCAAAUGGAACACCAUGUCAAAAAUGUAACUGUUCUGCCAGUGGUACAUUAAGGUGUGACACUAAAACUGGAGAUUGUAUAUGUCAUCCAAACAUUACUGGACCAGACUGUAGUGAGUGUAUGGAUACACUGUGGGGAUCACCUGAUGAAGGAUGCAGACCAUGUAACUGCUGUACUAAUAAUACGAAAUGUGAUAAAGAGACAGGUCAGUGUCCUUGUUAUGACAUUACGUUAGACAGAACUUGCUGUGAUUGUAUCCAUGGUUACUAUAAUUACAGUAUUACUGGUUGUACAGCUUGUGAUUGUGGAAUGUUGUCAGAAUCAGCUCAAUGUAAUUCAACGGGUCACUGUCAGUGUCUGCCUGAAGGAACUGGAACAAAAUGUGAUUCUUGUCAAACUGGGUUUACUGGUAUUGCUCCAAAUUGUACGGAAUGUGAUGAUUGUCAUUUCAUUUGGUCAGACACACUGUCAUCAUUGCAGUUGAACAUUACUGACCUCUCAACAAGGAUACUCACUAUACUCCAUUAUUAUGAAGGAUACACUCAGUCUGAUAUCAGUAGUGUCAUUAAUAACAUUAGUAUGACACUGACAAUGUCUGAGGAACUUCUGAUGCAACAAAGUAUUGAUACUAAGAUAUUUAAUAACAUUACAGCAAUACUAACUGAAAUUAUUAAUAAUUAUACAUCACUGAUGAAUGAUAUUAGUCUACUCAAUCCAACCAUAAUGGAUGCUAAUGCCACACUGAGACUGGCAGAGCAAUACAUACAAAACAUAACAAGUUCAGGAUACCAGAACUACACCAUUACUGAGAUACAUCCUAGUUUAGUAUCACUGAACAACACACUGAACCUACUGCUGGGACAAAGCAUGAACCAAUCACUUCUAUUGGAGGAAUACAGAGAUGAAGUGAUUUCACUGAUGAACUUGGUACUAGCACUACAGGGAAAUGCUAGUAUGGAAGAAGAGGCUAUUCUCAAUGCAAACAUCACCAGCCACACUGCACAAGCAAUGGUCGAUAGUACAAGAUCUUUUAUUAAGAAUAUAUCAGUAAUUAAUGAUACACUGUUGGAUAUUGAAGAAGAUGUGAGAAAUAUUGAGAUUGACAUCAAUGCAAGUGAUACAUCAUAUACUGAUCUUGAUACUGAUAUUCAGAUGUUAAAUAAUAAAAUUAACAACUUAAUGACUCAACUGAACACACUAUCAGGAUUAAGUGAGGGACUCUAUAUAUCAGCUAAAGUUUUAAAGCAGCAAUCAUACAACAGUGUAGUAUCAGUGGGUGCAUUAAUGGCCUCUGCUAAUGCAGCAAUGGAUGAUGCUCAGUCAUUAAUAAUGAUGAUCAAUAAAGCACAGGAUGGUGUAAUGAACUCUACAAUCAAACUAGUUGAAUCUGAUGAGCUGGCAACAAACAUUAGCUCACUAGAGUUACCAUCACUCUCUUCAGCAACAGAACUGGCUGCUAACAUAAACUCCAGCAUAAUACCGGACAGUGAUAUAACAGACCUACUCACUGAUGCUAAUAACAGCGUUGUAGCAGCAAUGGAGGCAUUAGAAGGAGCUAUGAAUACAAGUGCAAUGGUAACUGAUCUUGAGUACAAGGUCAGUAAUUUGACAAACAAUAUUAAAGAGACAAGAAGAAGAUUAGAGUCAGCAGAACAAACUCACAAUGAGACUAACAGAAACAUUGAAUCAAUCAACACUACAUUAAGAGAGGUUAAUGAGACAGUGCAGUCAGUUCCUGAUACAUACACACUUAGUGAGACUGCAAAAGAUAAAGAAAGAGAUUUAACACAAGGAGAGACUGUACUACAAGCUGCAUCAAUGAAUGCCACUAGUUUAAAUAAUGCUGUACAGCAAAUAUUGAGCAAUGUAACCAGUGAACAAAUGUUGAUGGAGUCUAUUGCUGUUAAUGUGAGUUCAGUAAAAGAUGAAGCAAUGCUAAGAGUUAAUGCUAGUAUGACUGCAUUGAAUAAAACUGAUGAGCUCACAGAGUCAGCACAACAACUGAACAAUACAGCAAACACUGUGAAACUACAAAGACUUAAAAGUCUGUUAGCUGAGUAUCAGUCUAAAGUGGUGGAGGCACAAGCUGUUCGUAGUAAAAUAGGACAACUACAGAAUGAGCUGAAGACAAUGACAGCAGAUUUUACUGAAGCAAUGGAACGAUAUAAGAGAUGCUACAAAACUCCUUGAACAAAAACCAGUUAACCUAAAGCAAAGUUUAUAUAGUUAACUUUUAGCAUAGUAUAAUGGCCUCUAUUUUAACGGCCAAUUCAGAUAUUUCUUCUUUUUAAAUUAAAGCUGUUUUUUAAAUUACUGAAGCACAAUAUCUGCUGCAUGGUCGCAGGCAAAAGAUAAUGUUUUUAAG